GCUGGCUGUAUAAGGUUGGGUAUCAGUGUUCUAGAAUGUUUGGGAACCACUGAUCUAAUUUUAUUUCUCAGAACUCGUGACUACCAUAGCCAUACAUUUAAUUUGAUAAAUACAAAUGGCUUCUGUAGGAGGAAUCCCUCAGAGCAAGGUAAAUCCUAAAUUUCUACACAGUAAUUCAACCAGCCAUGUUUGGGUAUUUGGUGCAGUAGCUGAACUUAUAGACAACGCAUAUGAUCCUGAUGUAAAUGCAUCCCAAUUGUUCAUUGAUAAGCAAGUUAUUGGUGGGAAAGAAUGUCUGGUGUUUCAAGACAAUGGAAACGGUAUGGACAAGGAGCAUCUGUAUAGCAUGCUGAGUUUUGGUUUUUGUGAAAAGGACAAAUUUCAAAAAGUCAGCCACCUGCCUAUUGGAAAGUAUGGUAAUGGUUUUAAAUCAGGAUCAAUGCGGCUGGGCAAAGAUGCCUUAGUUUUCACGAGGGAUAAAAAAACUGCUGGAGUUGGCUUCCUUUCACAGACUUACUUAGAGGCUAUCAAGGCUGAUUCUGUUGUUGUGCCAAUAUUGAAUUACUCAUUGCCAGAUAUGAAACGUAAUGAUGACUACGAGUCUCGGAACUGCCUGAAAGCUAUCACCAAUCAUUCCGUGUUCACGGAAGAAGCAGAGCUCAUUAAGGAACUUGAAGGCCUUAAGAAAGAAUCGACAGGGACCAAGAUUAUUAUUUUUAACCUUCAUAAAUUGAAAGAUGAAUUACUAGAACUGGAUUUUAACAGUGACCCAAAAGAUAUAAAAUGCAGAGAGGUUCACAUGAAAGACGAUGAAUAUGUAGAAGUUAAAAACAUUAAGAAAAACUCAUCUAAAUUUAGAAGGUCAUUGAGGGAAUAUUGCAGAAUUUUGUUUUUGAGGCCAAAAAUGAGAAUUACUUUACGAGGGUCCAAUGUGAGGGCAAAGAUUAUUUCCAAAAAUCUUUCCCAUACAGAAGUUGACACCUACAGGCCACUUUGGCUGAAAAAGACAAUCCAGAUAACCAUCGGCUUCAGAUGUGAGGACCAUGAUUCAGAAGACUAUGGCAUGAUGUUAUAUCACAACAAUCGACUCAUCAAAGCAUAUGAAAAAGUUGGAUACCAAAAGCAAGCCAAUGGAAUGGGAGUUGGCGUCAUUGGAGUUGCAGAAGUAGACUUCCUUCAGCCUACUCACAUUAAACAAGAUUUCAACGUUGAUGAAAAAUUCAACACUGUUUUAAAAGCCUUUGCAGACAAAUUGAAUGAUUAUUGGAAUGAGAAACACCAGGAGAUUGAAAAUAAUAAAGAAAGCAUACAGCCAGAUUCUUUAUGGGCCAAUUGUGAUCAGUGUGGGAAAUGGAGACGUCUGCCAAAAGGAACGGACAAAAAAAACCUUCCUGAACAGUGGUACUGCUAUUUGAAUGAGGACACCAAGCACAAUCGAUGUGAAGAUCCAGAAGAACAGGAACGCAAAGAUGAACAUGCGAGACCAAGCUAUCAGAAAGUAAACAAACAAAAACAGAAGGAAAAGAAAUCCUUAGAGAAACAAAUAGUGAAGAAUAUAUUAAGACAAGCAUCUUUAGAGCAGACGAUGGAAACAGGAUCUCCGCUGGCAAUAAACCAACCUUUCUUUCCUAUAUCCACAUUGACACCUUUUUCAACGAUACCUGCAAUAAGAACAAUGAGAAAGAGACCAGCUGUCCAAGCUAUCCUGGACACACAUUUUCACAACAAUGUAGGAAAUAUUCAACCUGUUAGGCCAUUAGAAGUGGCCAAAAGAGCAAAAGUUCAAGACAAAAAGCUGAUGGUAGCAGAGUCACUUUUUAACAAGAAAGACAGCCCGGUAAAGAAGAUUGUGCAUCCUGAUUCGACUCUAGACGAUAAUGGAAGUAUGGACAAUGCUAUAUCCCUGGAAACUCAAGCUUCUCUCACUGAAGCACAAGGUCAUUCUCCUAUCAGACAAGAUACUUACUUUCCGACUCUAGCUGUAGACCUAUCCCUUGCAAAACAAGCUACUGCUUCUGCAGCAAAAGUCUCGCCCUCUGGAGCACAAGUGGAUUCUUCUAUCAGGCAAGCUACUUCCUCUUCAACACAUGCUGCUUCCCUUGCAAAACAAGCUAUCUCUUCUGCAGCAAAAGCCUUGCCCUCUGGAGCACAAGUGGAUUCUUCUAUCAAACAAGCUACUUCCUCUUCUACACAGGCUGUUUCUUUUGCAGGAAAAGCUACACCCCCUGGAGAAGAGCUUUUCUCCCCAGCUGCAGAAGUUACAUCCCAAGCAUCACAGCUUAAAAAGAAAUCUGAAUCAACAAAUAAUAACAACUCUGAAACUAACAUGAAUAUGAAUAUUAGAGCAGCUUUAGAUAAAGGUAAAAAUAUCAUCUCUGCGACAAACCCUGAUGAUGAUAAAGAUGAUAAAGCCUCCCUUGAAACCAUCAUUGCAAAAAUUUCAUCGAAAGUUCAAUCACCCUCGACAUCUGUUGCCUCAACCACUGCACAAUUUAGCAGACGCAACUUGAAAGAGAAAAAAAAUGUCACUAAUGAGGUUAUUGAUGUGGACACAGAGGCUCCUCAAGCACACCAACAAAUCAACUUUGACAGAGAAAAAUUGGCAGAGCUCAAAACUAAACUGGAACUGAAGAGUCAAAUGCUGGAGAAAGUUGAGGAGAGACUCAACAAGUUUCAGUCCAACGUUCACUUCCUCCUGAGCCAGAUGGUGCCAACUAAGGUUAUCGGCGAUGUCAGCAACAUUGAAAAAUUGGUGGAGGAAAUGAUCGAACUACAUUUGCUUAAUAUGGGUGAUGUCAAGGAUGUGAAGCCUGUGCUGUCAAGCAUUUCUUGGUUGCCUAGCUUGUCCUCUGAAAGUACCCAGCCAAAAUCUAGCAGCAGCCAGUGUCUUUUGAGCUAAACUGGUCCAAUCCACCCUGUAUUUAAUGAAUUUUGGCUCAAUAUGUUUUUUAACAUUAUAGCUUAAAAUUAUGGCUGCUACUUUUUUUUUUAUUUUUCAAUGUAGAUCAAUUGUAGAUCAAUUGUAGAUCAAUAACACUCAUUAUUGUGGUCUCAUUUUUUUACCUUUAACUUUUCUCACUGACAUUGUAAGGAACCCGUGGGAUAAAUAACAAUUUAAGCAUCAUCUUUUCUAACUGGGCCACUCAUUACUCCAACCUUAAUUCACUACACCAGACAUCACUGCACUAUCUCUCACUGUACCACCCCUAGUUCAAUGCACCAACCCUAGUUCACCACAGCAACCCUAGUUCACCACAACAACCCUAGUUCACCACAACAACCCUAAUAGUUUACUGCACCAGCCCUAGUUCACUAUACAUGUCUUUCUUAAUAACCUUUAGCCAAACUCUGAUGGCAGCAAUAAAAAAAAAACUGCACAAACAAUUAUGUAAGACAUCAUACACCUUAUUUAAAACUAGUUUUAAUCUUUGAAAUUAUCACUAACUUUCAUAUCAUUCAAUUACGCAGGAAAUUAAUACCACAAUACUAACAAUAUAAAAUGCAUUGAACAUUUGAAGAACAGCAUCAUGAUGUAAAUAAGCUUCUCCGCCAAUGCAUAAACUUCUCACUUAUUACAUUGUUAACUAUUAUAAAAAACAUGUAUACAUGUAGUAUUAUGCUUUGUCUGCAUUUCUCUAAAACAAAUGUGUUCAUUUGUACAAUUGUUCAUUUUUUUUUAAAUUUAUCAAUAACCUUUGUGAACUGAUCAUGCUAGACCCUGUGCUAUUUUUAAUAUUUUUUUAAACUAAGAUUCACUAAUAUAUAUAUUAUUUAUAUGUAUAUGUAAGACAAAUUUCCAUACGGACAAUAAAGUUUAUUGUUAUUGUUAUUAUUAUUAUUAGAAAUAUUUGAGAAAGAAAAACUUAGAUUAAGUUUAGAUUAGAUAUAGUUUAGUUUUUUGUUCUGUUGAUGGUUUAAAAUUAAGCACAGUGGCAUAGCCUCCAUGGCGAGAAGGGGUUCAAUGAACCUGGGCCCACGACCAUUAGGGGCCCACAGCAUAUGGCGUAACAACACUACGACGAUUAGGGGCCCACAGCAUAUGGCGUAACAACGAUGGCGGGAAGGGGUUCAUUGCACUUAAGCACAGUGGUGUAGCCUCCAUGGCGAGAAGGGGUUCAUUGAACCCGGGCCCACGACCAUUAGGGGCCCACAGCAUAUGGCGUAACAACCAUGGCGGAAAGGGGUUCAUUGCGCUUGAACUCAUGACCAGUUGGGGGCCCACAUGAGCACUUGGGAUGACACCAAAGUGAAAAUAAAAUUUUACUUUUGUGAAAACCGAUGUAAAAAAAAAAAAAAAAAAAAGGUUUGAUUCUGUUAAGCAGUUGUACAAACGUUGACUCUUAAGACUUGUAGAGAGUCAUAAUGGAAUCAAACCUAAUGACAUCAUUACUUACAAAUAAAAAGGUACGAUCCUUGUACCGGCAUUUUUUGGUCACACACUCAAAAUGUCGUAUUCAGGGGAGGGGGCCCACUGAGAUAUUCUUGAACCCGGGCCCAUAUGGCUGCCUUACUACGGCGGCUACGCCACUGGUUAAUCACAUUGUAAAGUGUAUGCACUGUAUGUUGCUAUGCUGGUUAUAGAAAUCAAUACCAUUUGACCAAACUUGCUUAUAGAUCUAUAGGCAAGGUAUUUUUUUUUCUAUGAUUGAAUGGUUUACUGUCAUGUGAUAGCCUGUAUGCUCUGUAUCACAGUAGUGGUGAUUGUAAUGACAAGGACGCGUAGAAGUUGUGACUAAUCGGGGAUUUCCUUAGUGACCCGACGUACAUUAAAAACUUUGAACGGAAAUAGCUUAGAGACAGACUAACGGACGAGACCUCUUGUAAAGUCUUGUAGUAACGUUUAGGAAAGGAAAUGUUUUCUUUAGCUGACGACGUAGACUCUGCCCUUCUGUUGGAAUAAAUUAAUAAAUUAUAUAUUUUUUUGAACGAGGCAUUAUUCUGUUUAUUUUUUGGUGACAGUGUUUUAUACUUAAAACUCGCAGCUACAAAUAUCAUCAACCCAAGAGAGAGACCUCUAGUAAAGUCUUGUAGUAACCCCUAGGAAAGGACUUGCUUUAUUUAGCUGACGAUGUGUAACCUGCCCUUCUGUUGUAAUAAAUUAAUAAAUUAUAUAUUAUUUGAACGCGGCAUUAUUCUGUUUAUUUUUUUUUGGUGACAGUUUAUACUUAGUACUCGCAACUAUAAAUAACAUCAACUCAAAUCACAACCGUAUCAACAGAUAUAACAACACCCUUUCAACCUGAUAGAUGUCAGGACUUGAAUUAUCAAAGAGCUAAAUGCAUUACAGUUUUAUUAUGCAUUAAAUAUUUCUAUGUUUGAAUAUGAA